UAAAUAAGUCAACCGGAAAAUGGAGUGAGAGUGGCUACACCAUGGGCUACACCCUAGCGGACACGUGUGUGUUAGAACACUCUUUUAGCCUACUUCUUAGCUUCCCGUCUUCAUAAAAAAAAUGUGUUUAACAUAGGCUGCAUGCUUAGCAAUUAGCCGACAUGGAUAGUGGAUAAUGUUAGUUGUAUUAGAUGCCUUAAAAUAUUAUUAUAUAGUAUACAUACCCGGUUGGUAAAACAACCACGUUGGGCAGGCUAUAGCGUGCUACUCCAUCUACAGUAGCCUACUAGGCUACUAUCUGAAAAAGGAGCGUCAGUGCCCUAGUAACAGCAGUCUAGUGUUAUGGCUGGAAGAGGUGGCAGGGGUCGUGGAAGGAGCCAGCUGACCUUCAAUUUGGAAGAUGUGGGGAUUGGAAAGGGUGAAAACCUACCCCCUACCACCUUCACGCCAUCACCAUUAUUUCCACCCAUGACUGCCCAGCCAGUGCCCUUGCAGACAGGAGAGGAGAUGGAUUACAUGCUGGCGUUGAAGCAGGAACUAAGGGCUGCCACCAAGAACCUGCCCUUCUACAUCAGGCGUGCUGCCUCCAAGAGAGAUGUUGAUCGCUACUCUGAUAAAUACCAGACGGGGGAACCUAAGGACGGCACCAUUGAGUGGAAUCCAGAUUGGAGCAGAUUGCCAAAGGAGCUUUGCAUUAAAGUGAGGAAGCCUCAAAUAAAAAUACCUACAGCCCAAGUUAAACGACCCAAGAAAACAGUGGCCAAGGAAGAGAUUCUCACCAAGCUAGAGACUCUUGAAAAGAAAGAAGAGACUGCCAACUCAGAGGAAGAGGAGGAUGAGGAGAAAAAGAAGACAAAUGAAGAGGAGGAACAGGCAGAAGAGGAGUUUGAUGAGGAGGACAUAGAAGAGGAUACCGAUUACAUUAUGUCUUACUUUGACAACGGAGAGGAGUUUGGAGCGGACAGCGACGACAACAUGGAUGAAGCCACUUAUUAAACGGAACACUGGAAUGGAAGCCAAACUGUCCUAAAUGAGAAGACCACCCCCAUUUUCAGACAUCGGAGGCCAAAGUUGCUCGUCAAUGACACUCUGAACAGUUGUAUUUUAUAAUGGAGAGAAUAACAGUAGUGCUAUGCAAUCCUUAAACGUGAUAGGAUGUGGAGGGUCAUUGCUUUUAAACAUUUUAAUAUAAUGGGGACCACUUGUGAGAACAGUUAAGGCUGUCGUCACCGUUUCAUUCAGAGUGAGCUGAAGUUGCGAUGUGGCCAUGUGGUUAAUAUUCAUUUCAUCCUUUUGAUACUUGAUUUUAAUAGGUGUGCAAUUGCAGUGAUACUGUGACUGUAUGACACGUUUUCAUGUAAGUAAUAUUUCUCAACCAAUAUCUUAAUUUGUUUUAAGAAAAUGAAAAAAAGACAAUCAGGUGUUUUAAUCAAAUUUUAUUUAUGUGGCAUACUGAAGUGUGUUAGUUUACAAACAUGUUGUUGAAUGUAAGAAAAUACAUUAUAAAAGACAUCCUAAAAUAC